UAAUCUUUGAUAAUUAGUAAAAUUCAAAAUAUUUUGAAUGAUUUUAUUUUAUAAAUCAUUUUGUUUAAAACGUGACAGAUAUUCAUUUUGAAUAUGUGUCAUGGCAAAACGUCCAGUUGGUUUUGACGGUUGGCUUGCCGGCACUGUAGAAACCUUCUCGGGCCUGUCUCUCAAUCAGCAGAAAUCGACAGUUUGCAGACUCGUGAAUGAAUUCGACCAAAGAAGGUGUGAUCGAAAUGACGUCGGCGGGCAUGGUUACGAAAUGCUGCAGUCCGUCUUGAAAGCUUUGCGAGUGGACAUGCUCUCCCGUCUGCCGACAGAAGUAGCUGAAAUUAUUUGUUCCUACGUGGACGGGAGGUCAUUGCUCAGAGCCUGCAGCGUCAGCCGGAACUGGAACAGGAUCAUAUCGUCUCUUCAAGAAGUGUGGCGAGCAAAGUGCACAUUGAAUGGCUUCAAAGAGAUUGUGGCAGACAAUUGGAAAGUGAAGUACGUGGAAGGCCAGAGGAUUUUAGAGAACCUGAAAGCUGAUGGGUGCCUUACUCUCAGUACGCUGCCAGUAAAUCCCAAAAAAAAUAAAGUCAUCAACUGUAUGAUCAUUAGCAGUGGAUAUCUAUAUGCAUGUGUCGGCGAAUAUCUUUUCGUCUGGGAGCUGACCGUGCCCUUGAACGGGAAGCCGGUGUCGUCCUUCAAGUACGACGUCCAGGUCUACACCCUGCGCGUCCCCGACCCGGGGCUGGUGGUCACCGGCCUUGCCUCGGGCGACAUCUGCGCGCGGCGGCGGGGCGAGACGAAGCGCGUCGCCGGGCACGCGUCGCCCGUCACGGGCCUCGCGGCCGACGGGCGGCUCGGCCUGGUGGCGAGCGCGGGGAUGUUGGAGGGCGUCGUGAAGCUGUGGUGCCUGCGCGGGCUGUGCUUGCUGGCGAAGGUCCCCACGAGCAGGGAGGAGACUUUCACAGAGAUAGUUAUUAUCCCAAGAUGUGGCAGUGAAAAAUUUACACUCUUGAUGAGCAACCACCUUUCCAUAAUUAUGGAACAUUGGAUUGUCAGCCCAGGAGAAUCUCAGAGACAGUGUGAACAUUGUAAAGAAAAGGAGGUGGUACGCUUGAGUACUGAAGCGUGUGCCAAAACAUAUGGCCUAGAAAACAUAGGGGAAAGCCAUUCAACGCCGUAUCAUUUGGCAUGCAGAGAAUGGAUCUAUGAGGGAGGGUCGAAAGUGGUGACCUAUGAAAAGAAUGAAAAUGACGAGGAUGAGUUUGAGGAUGAGAAAAGAAAAGAACAGGAGUGGCUGGAUAAACAUUACAGGGUGGUAGCCGCCGGUAAAAUGUUUGCGCUGCUGUUUAGCCAGAACCGCCUGACGCAUUACAGCUUUGUCCUCCUCAACGUCAAGAAGCGCUGCAAGGUGGCAUCUUGGAAGUUCGAACGACCGAUUGAAGAUACCGACCGGGAGAUUCUGGCGGUGGCGCACGGAGACCGUUCGUGGAUGGACGACCUGGGACUUCUUGUGGAGGGCCAGCCAAUCCUGGCGUUCGCGGAUACACGAGACCGGAUUAGCGUAGUGUCCUGGAAACCUGCGGUACCUGCGGUGCCUCCGCGUCGAAACUGAGACUCUGGCGUCGGGCGGGCCCGGGAUGACGCGACACAUUACAGCUGCUCUCGUCGGUUCGAGAAGGGUGCCACAGAUUACUUGAGCAGUAAAGCUGGCUUCCGCGAGAGUUCCGAGAGUGAAGGGAAGUGCAACAUCUGCGAAGAGUGGUGAGAGACCCCCUCGAGAGUGGCGUGACGCGGAGUGACGGGAUCAAGAGAGCGCGCGACCGAGUGGCGCGAGACUGUGUGUGUGGACAGGCACGAGGUAAGGGGCGAACCACUGUAGAGCCCAGCUCCAGUGAGGAGUGCGAACUGUGGGACUUGACAGACAUUGAGUGACUUGCGAAUAAGCAUUUGUAAGUUCAAGUGAUAGGUGAUCAGAUAUUUUUAAGUACAAUUAUAUAUAAGUGAUGUAAAAAUUAAUAAUUAAUAAAACUAUAAUAAAACUUAAUUGGGGUAUCCCUUAUGAAUUCAGUUCUCCCUACAUAAGUUCAUAACAAUAU